ACGUGUUGCGUGGUCUAUGUCAAAUUGUGAAAUUAUAAAUAGGUGUCAAAAUAAAGGCAGAAAGAAAUAAACAUGAAUUUUAUAAUUAGAAUAUUAUUUCCUUUUAUGUUGUUAUGUGUUUCUCAAUACAUAAAUGCUCAAGCAAGCGCAGAAGAUGAAUCUGAUACCAACAGAUACACAAUAGAAGGAAGAAUAUUUCCUCUUUCAGAUUACCAAUCAAGUCAAGGGUCCUGGCAGGCUAAUACGAGAAUUCACGUGAACGGAGGUGAAUAUAUAGGAUUUGUUCGAAAAGAUGGAUCUUUCACAGUUCACAAUGUGCCAGCUGGAUCAUAUGUGGUGGAAGCUCUUCAUCCUGAAUAUGCAUUUGAGCCAGCUCGGGUAGACAUCAAUCAUAAAGGGAAGUACAGGGCAAGAAAGGUCAAUCACAUAAAAACUACAGAGGUGAUUUUUGUACCUUACCCUUUAAAAAUGAAAGCUCUGGGUAGAACCAAGUAUUUUCAAAUUAGAGAACAGUGGAGGAUAACAGAUCUGCUAUUUAAUCCAAUGGUGAUGAUGAUGGUUCUGCCACUGUUUUUGAUCAUGGUUUUACCUAAAAUGAUGAACGAUCCAGACACUAAAAGGGAAAUGGAACAAAUUCAGAGCAUGAGUAAGUUCGAGUUGCCAGAGAUGUCAGACAUGGUGUCAAGUUUCCUUGCUGGUUCAUCUCAACCAGAAAAAGCCGAUAGAACACAGGGGCCUAAUAAGAAAAAUCAAAAGUUGAGAAAACGUCUGGAUAAAUAGAAACAAACUUCAAAUUCAAAUUUGUUAACUAUUCUAAUUUUGAGUUCGUAUGAAACUAACGUUUCAUUGUUUCAUAUUUAAAUAUUUAUUGUAUAGUGUAUAGAGAUUUAUUUGUCAAUAUAGUUUCAUCAAUAAAUUUUAAUUUGUAAAUA